AAAAAGAAAAAAGAAAAAAACCCUAAACCUCACUGGUCACUAACAACAGACACACUAUGCUAUGCUAUGCUCUCUAAUCCGUUUCCGCCGUUACGCUUCGCUCUCUCCACUCACUCACCUUCUCCAUUUCCACAGUAACCGUUUUUCUUCCUCCUCCGCCGGCGCCAGCGCCGCUAUGGUUGCUCACGCGAAAGACGAGGCCUACUUGAAUGCCGCAAUACCGAAGCGCAUCCAGCUGUUCGAGGCCAUCCAGGUGGAGCAGCGGACACUCCGCCUCUCCCUCUCGUCGGAUCCCAUAAAGGUGACUCUCCCCGACGGCAACGUCAGGGACGGCAAAAAGUGGCUCACGACUCCUCUUGACGUGGCUCGCGAAAUCUCGAAGAACUUGGCCAAUAACGCUCUCAUCGCCAGGGUCAAUGGCAUCCUCUGGGACAUGACUCGCCCUCUCGAGGAAGAUUGCCAGCUCCAGAUCUUCAAGUUCGACGACGACGAAGGCCGCGACACUUUCUGGCACUCCAGCGCUCACAUUCUCGGCCAGGCUCUCGAGACGGAGUAUGGAUGUAAGCUCUGCAUUGGGCCCUGCACCACUAGAGGAGAGGGAUUCUAUUAUGAUGCGUUUUACGGUGACUUGGGUCUGAAUGAUGAUCACUUUAAACAAAUUGAGACUGGGGCAUUGAAGGCUGUUUCGGAAAAGCAACCUUUUGAGCGCAUUGAAGUUACACGUGAUCAGGCGCUUGAGAUGUUUUCGGAUAAUAAGUUCAAGGUUGAAAUUAUCAAUGAUUUGCCCGCUGACAAGACUAUCACAGUAUAUAGAUGUGGUCCCCUGGUUGAUUUGUGUCGUGGACCACAUAUACCUAAUACAUCCUUUGUCAAAGCAAUUGCAUGUUUAAAGGCUUCAUCAGCAUAUUGGAGGGGGGACAAGAAUCGGGAAAGUUUACAAAGAGUUUAUGGAAUAUCUUAUCCUGAUCAGAAGAGUUUAAAGGAAUAUUUGGUUCGGCUGGAGGAGGCUAAAAAGUAUGAUCAUAGGAUUUUAGGUGUGAAACAGGAGCUUAUUCUUCAUCAUGAAUGGAGCCCGGGAAGCUGGUUUUUUCUUCCACAUGGUACUCGGAUCUAUAACAAACUCAUGGACUUCAUUCGAAAUCAGUACAGAGACAGGGGCUAUCACGAGGUCAUAUCUCCAAAUGUAUUCAACAUGGAUCUAUGGGUGCAAUCUGGUCAUGCUGCAAAUUAUAAAGAGGAUAUGUUUAUUUUAGAGAUUGACAAACAAGAGUUUGGGUUGAAACCAAUGAAUUGCCCGGGGCACUGCUUGAUGUUUAAACACAGGGUUCGAUCAUACAGAGAACUUCCUCUUCGUCUUGCUGAUUUUGGGGUUUUGCAUCGGAAUGAGGCUAGUGGUGCCCUGAGUGGAUUAACACGUGUUAGGAGAUUUCAGCAGGAUGAUGCACAUAUUUUCUGCAGGGAGUCCCAGGUAAAGGGUGAAGUGAGAAAUGCCUUGAAUUUCAUCAAUCAUGUCUAUAACAUAUUUGGUUUCACAUAUGAACUGAAGCUUUCAACGAGGCCUGAGAAAUACCUAGGAGAUGUGCAAACAUGGGAGAAGGCUGAAAAUGCUCUUAAAGAAGCCUUAGAUGAGUCUGGCAAGCCUUGGCAGUUGAAUGAAGGGGAUGGUGCAUUCUAUGGACCAAAGAUAGACAUCACUGUAUCUGAUGCCUUGAGUAGGAAAUUCCAGUGUGCAACUUUGCAGCUUGACUUCCAGCUUCCUGAUCGUUUUAAGUUGGAAUAUUCAGCUGAGGAUGAAGCCAAAAUUGAGAGACCUGUUAUGAUACACAGAGCCAUUCUGGGAUCUGUUGAGCGCAUGUUUGCCAUACUUUUAGAGCACUACAAGGGUAAAUGGCCCUUCUGGCUCAGUCCUCGUCAGGCAAUUGUAUGCCCAGUGUCUGAGAAAUCACAAGCUUAUGCACUCCAGGUGAGAGAUCAGAUCCACCAAGCAGGGUAUCACGUGGAUGCUGAUACAACUGAUAGGAAGAUUCAGAAGAAGGUGCGAGAAGCUCAGUUAGCUCAGUACAACUACAUCUUGGUUGUUGGAGAGGAGGAAGCUAAUACAGGACAGGUGAGUGUACGAGUUAGAGAUAAGGCAGACCAUAGCGUUAUGAGUAUUGAGAACCUACUCACACAUUUCAGAGAUGAAGUAGCAGCUUUCCAUUGAAGCUUUACAUGUGAAAACUGUUGAAGCUUAUUUGUACACACUUGUGUGCAUCAUUUAUGUUUUCAACCUGAAAUUUUGUUCUGAUUUUAGAUAUGAUUUGGAUGAUCACUGUAUGUUCAUUACAGUCGUAACUAACAUUAUUAUGUGAAUCUUAGUUAUACUUGGAGCCCACUGAUAAAUCCUUGUAUUGCCUGUUCUAGAAAGGAUGUCAUCCUUGUUUGAAGAAAUAGACUGUAAGCUUUGUUAUUUAAUUCACCCCCCCUAUGU